AUGGAGCUGGGGCUGAGCCUGGGGGAGCCGGACGCCGGGAGGGCGGGGCCGGAGCUGGGGCUGGGGCUCGGGGUCGGUGCCGCCGGAAGGGGAGAGGACGGCGGGAGGGGGAGCGGGGCGGCGGGAGCGGGAGCGAGGUGGUGGGCGGCGCCGGUGGCCGAGCCGGAGCCGGCGGUGCGGCUCAGCCUCGUGUCCAGCCUCGGCCUCCAGUGGCCGCCGGCUUCGUCGGACUGCGGGGGGCGCUCCUCCGAGGCGCCGGCGCGCGGGUUCGACGUGAACCGGGCGCCCUCAUCGGCGGCGGCGAGCGCGAGCGCGAGCGCGUUCGCGGCGCUGGAGGACGACGAGGAGGAGGACCCGGGCGUGGGGGCCCUGUCGUCGUCGUCGCCCAACGACAGCGCGGGCUCCUUCCCGCUGGACCUGGGCCGCGGCGCUCGCGCCGAGGGCGCCGCGGCGCGGGCCGGCGGGGAGCGCUCGUCGUCCCGCGCCAGCGACGAGGACGAAGGCGCGUCCGCCGCGCGCAAGAAGCUGCGCCUCUCCAAGGAGCAGUCCGCGUUCCUGGAGGAGAGCUUCAAGGAGCACAGCACCCUCAACCCCAAGCAGAAGGCGGCGCUGGCGAAGCAGCUCAACCUCCGGCCGCGCCAGGUAGAGGUCUGGUUCCAGAACCGCCGCGCCAGGACGAAGCUGAAGCAGACGGAGGUGGACUGCGAGUACCUGAAGCGCUGCUGCGAGGCGCUGACGGAGGAGAACCGGCGGCUGCACAAGGAGAUCGCCGAGCUGCGCGCGCUCAAGUCGGCGCCGCCCUUCUACAUGCACCUCCCGGCCACCACGCUCUCCAUGUGCCCCUCCUGCGAGCGCGUCGCCUCCAACCCCACCUCCGCCGCCUCCACCUCGGCUCCCGCAUCGUCCGUGCCACCGGGCACAGCCGCCUCCGUCGCCACCGCAAACAGCAACAGCGUCGCAGCCGCGCCCGCGCGCGGCGAGCCCCGGCCCUCGUCGUUCGCCGCGCUGUUCGCGGCGACCCGCAGCUUCCCGCUGGGCUCCCAGCCGCGGCCGCCGGCGCCGGCGAGCAACUGCUUGUAAAUACGCGCCCCGUCCCCGCGCGGCUUCCGAUGGCUGGUUGGUUCUCGUAAGAAUUUUUGGGGUUUCCGAGGCCGUCCGUCGCCGUCGCGUCGACGGCCGGGAUGCGAGGAGCGGAGGCUGCUGGGACUGCGUUCGUUAACCUUUUCUUUUAUUUUCCUCUUCCAAGUGCUCUCACCUGUUUGAGAACAUGGAGUGUUAGUGUUAACCACGAACGGUUCAGGGUUUAAGCUUUGUUUAGGGCGAAGAAAUUCGUUACAUU